UUGAAAGGAAAAAAAUGUCAUCUGACUCAAGCAAGAAACGGAAGCCCAAGGUUAUCCGCACAGAUGGAGGACCACAGGAAGGCAAGAGAAGCAGGCCAGAUGCUGACCAGGAUGCCAGGUACUACAGUGAAGAGGCAGAAGUUGAUCUGCGAGGCCCCAGUAAAGAUUACGAACUUUACAAACAGACCUGCCAGGACCUUCAGAAGCUCAUGGCAGAGAUCCAGGAGCUGAAAAGCAAAGGCAACAAAGACAGCGCUGCUGAGAUAGAGGAACGUCGCAUUCAGAGCUGUGUGCACUUCAUGACCCUGAAGAAACUGAAUCGUUUAGCUCACAUUCGCUUAAAGAAGGGAAGGGACCAAACUCAUGAGGCCAAACAGAAAGUGGAUGCGUAUCACUUACAGCUCCAGAACUUGCUGUAUGAAGUCAUGCACCUGCAGAAGGAGAUCACAAAAUGCCUGGAGUUCAAAUCCAAGCACGAGGAAAUUGAGUUGGUGAGCAUUAAGGAGUUCUACAAAGAAGCUCCUGCAGAAAUCAGCAAGCCGGAGAUCACAACCAGUGACCCUCACCAGCAGACUCUUUCCCGUCUCGAUUGGGAGCUGGAGCAGCGCAAACGGUUGGCGGAGAAGUAUAAAGAAUGUCUAGCCAACAAAGAGAAGAUUCUGAAAGAAAUAGAAGUGAAGAAGGAAUAUCUGAGCAACCUCCAGCCUCGACUCAAUAGCAUCAUGCAGGCUUCUCUCCCUGUCCAAGAGUACCUCGCAAUGCCUUUUGAUCAGGUGCACAAGCAAUACGAGACAGCUAGGCACCUCCCACCACCUCUCUACGUUCUCUUCGUCCAAGCCAGUUCCUACGGCCAGGCCUGUGAUAAGAAGCUGGCUGUUGCUAUAGAAGGAAACGUGGAGGAAGCCAAAGCUCUCUGCAAACCCCCGGAGGACUCUCAAGAUGAUGAGAGCGAUUCAGAUGCUGAGGAGGAGCAGACCACGAAACGUCGCCGCCCAACACUGGGGGUACAGCUGGACGACAAGCGCAAGGAGAUGUUAAAGAGGCACCCUCUGUCAGUCACCAUUGACUUGAAAUGCAAAGACGGCAGCGUGCUCCACUUGACCUUCUACUAUUUGAUGAACCUCAAUGUCAUGACAGUUAAAACAAAGGUGACUGCGGCAGCUGAGAUGACCAUGCCGAUCAGUGCUGGAGAGCUGCUGUCACUUGAUUCCCUUUUGAGCUGCUUGUAUCCCGGAGAUCAUGGGAAGCGAACUCCCAAUCCUGCCAACCAAUUCCAGUUUGAUAAAGUUGGUAUCCUGACCCUGAGCGACUAUGUGACGGAGCUGGGCCACCCUUACGUGUGGGUGCAGAAGUUGGGGGGUCUGCACUUCCCCAAGGAUCAGCCCCAGCAGCCGGUGAUCGCCGAUAGCUCUCUGAGCGCCAGCCACAUGGAGAGGACCAUGAAGUUGCUCAAGAUGAGGCUGGAGUCCCGCCUGGCUCUGCAAAAGCAAUUUGCUUCCCUUGAGCAUGGCAUCCUGCCAGUCUCCAGUGAAUGCCAGCACCUCUUUCCCGCAAAGAUUGUGUCGCGUUUGGUGAAGUGGAUCGCUCUCACCUAUGAGGAUUACCUGGAGCUGUCCUACACCAAAGACGUCGUGGAAGCUGGUCUGGCUGAGGAUACUCACCUGUAUUACCUGGCGCUGAUUGAAAGAGGAACAGCCAAACUCCAAGCCGCCGUGGUGCUGAACCCAGGGUACUCUUCCGUGCCGCCUGUCUUCAGCCUGUGCCUGAACUGGAAGGGAGAAAAAACCAACAGCAAUGAUGACAACAUCCGGGCCAUGGAGGGUGAGGUCAACGUCUACUACCAGGAGCUGUGCGGCCCCAAGCCAGGCUACCAGCUCCUGACCAACCAGCUGCAGCACUUGUGCGUCGUCUUGGACGUCUAUCUGGAGACGGAGACCCACGACAACAGUGUGGAGGGGCCCAAGGAGUUCCCGCAGGAGAAGAUGUGUCUGCGCCUGGUGAGGGGACCCAGCCGGAUGAAACCUUUCAAGUUCAACUAUCCUCAGGGGUUCUUCAGCCACCGUUGACCCUUGGUGCUGGGAUCCUCUUCCUCCGGACAGCUGCCUCCAAGGAGAGUGUCUCUUGUCUGGAAUUCUUCA